UGCUCCAUCUCAGGGCUAGCACACGCAGGCUGGGCUGAAUGGCCUCUUCCUGAUUCUCAGUCUCUCGGCGAGGAGCUGCGGCCGCUUCCCGGACCCGAGCGAUCACACCCUCGGCCUGAAGGAGCAGCGGAGCCCGAGGAGAGGGAGAGGCCGGGCCCCGGGCCCCGGGCCGAAGCGGGAGGGGCGCCGCUCUGGCGACAUGAGGAGGUCCGGACCGCUGGAGCUGCGGCGCUGGAGUGAAAGCCGCCCAGGCCCCGGCCCCGGCCCCGGCCCCGGCCCCGGCCCCGGCCCCGGCGUCGCCGCUCUGCACCGGGCCGCAGAGAUGCUGCAGCUGCGGAGGGAUUUCCCGGGGGCUCUGGCGGCCUCUCAGCGGGGCCUAGAGCUGGAGGAGAGCGGCAGCAGCACUCUCCGAAGUGGGGAUGUGAAAUUCUCCUUGUGCAUCAUUGGAAUUCAGGCCCUGGCUGAACUGAACCACUGGGACCAAGUGUUGGGCUGGGUCCUGGAAAUCUAUGAGACCCCAGAGAAAAUCCCUGUCAAAAUCCUCCAGAUCUGCAUCGUUCUGUACAGCAAGGUUGGUGAGCCAAGCCGGAUGCAGCAGAUAGUGGGCAGUUGGUUGAAGCACUGGACCAGUCCGAGUGCCCUGGGCUGUGGUCCAGGGCUGGUGUUGGAGCUAUACCUGAUGCACGUACUGCUGCCACUUGGACUUUACGCAGAAGCGGAGGAAUUGAUCCUGGAAACAGCAUUGUUAACAGACCAGCAGAGGGGAACAGUGCUACAGGUCGUAGAAAAUAGGAGAUCCCAGCAGCAGGAGCAAGUGUCAGUGGGCAGCAGGAGCCACGUUCCAGCAGGCUCCAGUCAGCAUAGACAUCCAGCACACAACUCACUGUUCAAAGUUAUUCGGCAAGUGCUGGCAUUGUCCUGUAGGUGCCUGCAUUCAGUGUCUCUCCGCAAGUUGUUUUUGGCUGUGUUUUUAGCCUACUUGCUGAUUGUCAGACUGGACCCUGCCUCUCCAGCAGCCAUAUCUUGGCUCACCAGCCUCCAGAACAUCAUCAGGCAGAUAUGGAAGACUAUGUUUGCCCCCUACAGCAAGGCAAGAAUUUGCAAGUGAGUCUUGGUGUGUCCUGUUUGAGGUCUAUGUCCAGGUCAAUGAAGCUCUUAACCAUCUUAUUCAACAGAUGAAGUCCUGGAACUGGAGAAAAUUCAUUCUGACCAGACUGGCAGACCAUUCUGUACAUUGUCAAGUCUCCCUGUUUCACAGCCUCAGUAUAGGACAGAUGAGAGAAAUGUUGCUGUUUUGCUCAACCUUCCCCAGUAAUAAUUCCUCCCAGCAACACACCAGUCUGUAGUGAGGGGGUGAUUAUGUCUGUCCUUCUAUUGCUGCUGUUAGUUUAACCUGGACGUGGGAUCUUGCUGAUCAGUUAUCACAGGGAUGAGGAGUGUCGUCCUACGUGUGGUUCACGUAAGUGGAUUGUGGAGGAGGUGUCUCUAUUAGCAGGUGUACAUUGAAUCAGUGUCGCACAGCUUUCCAGAGAAGCUGACCCUGGCAUGGCUCAAGGUAGCACUGGUUCAAGCAAUGCAAUGAAAUGUGCAGGCACCAUCACCAAGGCUGAUAUUGUGGCUGAAUAAACACUGCAAUACAGAGUAUGGAAAUCAGCUCCUUGAUAAACACUAAAAUAUGGAACUUACUGACAUUUACAAACAGAACACAAAAUGACUCAUUCUCUGGGAGCUUACAAGCUUCAAGUCAGAUGUGACAUCCAGACAGACUUAUAGGGGGGAUCUAAUUGGAUGUGAGUUCAUUUGUAAUCUGUAGGAAAAUGACAAUUAAAGUUUCACCUAAAUUUGA